CUAAGCACUACUAGGUUCGAUGGUGUGCGCGUUGAAGACUACCGGCAGUAAAAACACAGGUUGCCACUACACUCUCUCUUGAGUUUUCAAAGAAAAUAGCAACAAAUUAUGCCGGGUCCCGAGGAAGUUCCGUUGCCCAAAUCUGGGCUGGCCCAGUUCCGAAAGGUGUUGCUUUCGAAGGUAUUCGAGAAUCCAACGUUUGAGAUUUUUCUGGUGUUCAUGGUGAUGACCGACGUGUCUAUCGUCAGUACCCUGUUCGCGCUCGACGCAGUGAUAGAUCACCCGGAGGGCUGGCACUUUGGCAAGGGAUUUCACCUGGUCUACAACUUUCGGAAGCACCAGCUGUUUUACACCGGCGAUCCGGGCGAGGCCGAGGAGGAGGAGGGCGAGGGGGAGAAAAAGAAGGAAGGCGGCUCGGAAAAAGAACCUGCGAAGCCGGAGGGCGGAGAGAACAAAAGCGAAGCGGCGAAAGCCGCAGCCGUAGAAUUACGACCAAAGGAGAAAGACGCUUCAGAAGUGGAUGCUGCAAGAGCAGCUUCGUGGUCGUCUUUUCUUGAGAUACCAACAUCGAAGCAAGAAUCGCCUACUUCGCGAACCCGAACGGGCGGCGCAACAUGGGUGCACAAUGCCGAAGGAGUUUCAUCUUUAGCAGCAAAAAGCGACGAUGUUGCUGUUUUUUCGGAGGAUGCGAGUCUGACCGUUUCCAGCAAAAGUGAUUCCUCGUCACAACGUCAGCAAGAAUCCGUGGCCACCAAGAGAAAUGAAGGUGCGACCAUCUCCACUUCCUCCACGGUCAAUAGUGCCGUCGAGCUACAGGAACGCGGUGACAACUCCAAAGAAGAGGCGGACAAGAAGCCUGGUGCCGACGGGAAGCCAGAUGCCGAGACAUUGCCCCAGCCAUCCCAGGGCCCGAACGCGCAGGUAUUGAAACGAAAUGAGCACAACGAAAACCACCUGACGUUCGCGGACCUGGAAACGUUCCAGAAAUACCGCGAGCGGCUGGAAAUGGCGGGGAAAAUCGUGAUUCUGUUCUUCAUGAUCGAGCUGGUUUUGCACGUUUUCGCGGCGGGGUUCCAGGAGCACUUCUGCGAGGGCGGGGUGUUAAAGAUCUUGGGUCAUUUCCUGGACGGCGUAGUUGUCCCCCUCAGCUUCGCGCAGGAGUGGUUUCUCGAGGAGGAGUUCUCCGGGCGGGACAUGCUGGUGUGCGUGCGGCUGUGGCGGCUUUUGAAGAUUCUCGUCGGGCAGUACGUGAUCAGCCUGGAGACGGAGGAGGCCGAGGAAAUCCGGGCAGAGCAAGAGCGCGAGAUCUUCGACAAUUUUCUGGAGAAGGAAAUGAAGGGCGGGAAGGAGCUGUGCGAGAAAUUUGAAAAGUUUCGGAACGACGAAAAGGCGGGGCGGAACGUCUAG